AUGGCCUUCGGAAUUCUCGAGAUCAAGGCAGAACACCACGUUGCUGGUACAGUCCUUCUGGAUCAACGGGCUGCUCAUUCUGAAGCCGUCACGAAUCCUCUCAAACACGGGCGUGGAAAGGAUGACAACAUCAUUCUCGCGCCUCAACCGUCGGAAGAUCCCAACGACCCUCUCAACUGGUCGAAUCCCAAGAAAUAUGCCGUAUUCGCAAUCAUCGCCUUCGGCACCUUGUUUAUUGUUUCGGUGGCUGGAGGAAUGCUCAGCCCUGGCCUGAUUCGGAUCUCAAUGGAUCUCAAGCAAUCCCCGACUGCCAUCAGCAAGCUUUCAGGGUACAUGCAACUGGCCUCCGGCGCGACCGGGCCCUUCAUUUCUGCCUGGGCCAGAAAGUGUGGCAAGCGUCCAGUAUACCUGCUCUCGUCUGUUCUGGGACUCAUAGGUUGUAUCAUUGGCGAAUGUGCCACAGGAUACAACCAGCUUGUUGCGGCACGCGUCAUCCAGGGCAUAGCGUCUGCUGCCUACGAAUCCUUGGUCUUGUCUUCGGUUGGCGAUCUGUUCUUUGUGCACGAACGGGCGCCGUUAAUGGCACUGGUGAUCUUGGUCUGGACAGCCGCCACUGUCGCGGUCUCCAUCAUCGCAGGACCCAUCACUACAAACCUCGGCUGGAAAUACAACUUUCACAUCCUGAUGCCAUUGCUCGCCGUUCAGACCAUUGCCGCCAUCUUCUUCAUGCCCGAAACUGUGUACAGGCGAGACGCAAUUUAUGAGAUUGACGUCCUCGGCUCAGACGAGGACCUGCAGAAAUUGGGCUACGUGGAACAUCGACACCAGCGACGUCAGAGAAAAGACAACGACAUCAAAGUACAGGAAGACGGCAAAGACGAACGUGAUGUUGCCGAGGCCGAGAAUGCCGAACUUGGUCGUACGACGACUAGCGCGACCACUGCUUCGACCAUUCCUCCGCCCAAGACAUGGCUGCAGCAGAUGGCCGUGUACAAUGGCAUCUUUGUCCAAGAUUCGAUACUCAAAAUGGUGAUCGCUUGUCCCGCCAUUCUCCUCAAUUUGAGCGCCCUGUGGGCCGUUUUCGCCUACGGAAGUUCAGUCUGUUGGCAGAUCACCACCGCUGUGAUGGCUUCCAUCUUCUUCGCCGGCCCACCCUACCUAUACACCACGGCCCAAAUCGGCUAUACCUCCGUGGGUUCGAUGAUAGGCGCCCUGUUGGCCUGCCUGAUCAUGGGAAUCAUCGCGGAUCCAAUCACGAAGGCCAUGAGCCGCCGCAACCGUGGCGUCUUCGAACCCGAAUUCCAUCUUCCCAUGGUGUUCGUGGGCAGCGCUUUCGCGAUCGCGGGAAUGAUUGGCGAGGGUCACGCUAUCACCCAGGCGCAGAGCGUCUACCUCAUCUGCUUUUGCUGGGGCCUCAAUUCGUUCGGCCUAGGCGUGAUUGCUAUUUCGGUCAACACAUACAUUCUCGCAGCUUUCCGAAAUUACAGCACCGAGAUCUUCAUCAUGGCCAUGGUCUUUAGGAGCUUUGUUGGAUACGGAAUCGCCGACGUGAUUGUUGACUGGUAUAUGUCAGCGGGACCUGUGCAGAUCUUCGACAUCACUGCCGGCAUUGUGGGAGCAUUCUGUCUCCUCAGCGUACCUCUCUACGUUUUCGGGAAAAGGUACAGAAGCUACUGGCAGCAUCAUAAUUUGAUCAAGAUCUUAAAUCUAGAGACGGACAAGACUGGUACCGAAGAUGCUUGA